AUGUGGUGUUUACUGUAUGCGAUUAUGGUUCUCUAUGUUCCUUUUCAUGGUUUCAAUGAGAAUUCUGAUAAUAAUAUAACUGAAGAAGAAGUCCCAGACGGUCCUCAUGAUCAGCUGAUUCAGUCCCCGCUUCAAGACGCUGAAACCUAUAGAUGGCAGCUGCCGCUACUACAAAUUGAACAAUGGUUUGAAGAGCAACUUCAUCCUGAUCUCAAAUUGUCUUUUGCUUUGAACAGCGUUUUGCAUAGAAGUACUAGCGCCUUCCAAAAGAUAGCUCUGUUGGACACAAAACACUUUGGAAAGGUUUUGGUGAUUGAUGGAAAGUUGCAGAGUGCUGAAAGAGAUGAGUUUAUUUACCAUGAAAGCUUAGUUCAUCCUGCUCUAUUACUUCAUCACAAACCGAAAACAGUAUAUAUAAUGGGAGGCGGCGAAGGGUCGACUGUAAGGGAAGUUCUGAAGCACAGGGACAUAGAGAAAGUGGUGAUGUGCGACAUUGAUAGGGUGGUUGUAGACUUCUGCCGUAGCCAUUUGACAGUAAACCAAGAAGCCUUUAACAAUGAAAAGCUGGAAUUAGUUUUUAAUGAUGCAAAGGAUGAUUUGGAGAAGAGGAGUGAGAAGUUUGAUGUUAUCAUAGGAGACUUGGCAGACCCACUUGAGGGAGGUCCUUGCAAUCAUCUCUACACAAAAACCUUCUAUGAGGAAGUUCUCAAGCCCAAGCUCAACGACUCUGGCAUCUUUGUCACUCAGGGUACUUUAGCUGGAGUCCUCACCCACAAGGAGGUCUUUACUUCAAUAUACAACACCUUAAAACAUGUUUUCAAGUAUGUGGUAGCAUACACCGCUCAUGUGCCUUCUUUUGUAGAUACGUGCGGAUGGGUGUUGGCUUCAGAUGAACCACUGAAGUUGGAUGUUGAAGAACUGGAAGUUAGAAUCAGAGAGAGAAUCAGAGGGGAGCUGCAGUAUCUAGAUGGGGCAUCUAUUGCUUCAUCCACCAUUAUGAAUAAAACCCUUCACACUUCAUUGGUGAAUGAAACUCACAUUUAUACAGAAGAAAGCUCCAGGUUUACUCAUGGACGUGGAAUCUUUGGCAAUUCACAGAGUGAAAUUUAG